AUGUGCUUAUCUCAGAGUGUUGUGAGCAAUAUACUCCCCCGCAAGUAUGUAUUUUCAACUUUUGAGUCUGUGCAUGGCUUAAUAUCUUUCACUGAGGAUUGUAACCGUAUUGUAGUAUGGAACCCUUCCAUAAAUCAACACGUAACCAUACCUGUACCCGAAAACUCGAGAAUUGGUCAAAUAUAUUUAGGAUACGAUCCUUGUGGAGAUACAUAUAAAUUGUUGUGGAUACCGGAGUUAUCCGAAUAUUACUCAAACAAUGAUUAUGAUGGGGUCUGGGUUCUAACAUUGGGGGCUGAAGAAUCAUGGAGAAUUAUUGAAGGGAGUACUACUAUGUAUGGCUUAAGAGGUAGUUGGAAAUGCAUCAGUGGAGUUAUGUAUUAUAUAGUACUACCUAUCCCUAGUAACAACCCAGACGGUAGCAAAAUUACCAUAAUGAGUUUCAAUGUGAGGUUUGAAACGUUUAAACCAAUUAAAUUUCCAUGUUGUGGGGAUAACUUUCCUAGGGGGGAGCAUUAUCUGCUGAGUUACCAUGGAAGAUUAGCCCUGGUUUGCUCAUUAGCUACAAAACUAUGGAUUCUUGAAGAUGAAAAAGAAGAAAAAUGGGUAUGUAAUAUUGACUUGCAUUUACCUACUCAUAGAAUGGAUCCAACUAAGAAAAUUAACUAUCAAUUAAGUGAUGCUACUGUUACCGGUGAGUUUAUAUAUUUAGCUUUAGCGGAAGAUGAUAAAGAGAUUCAUAUUCUCUACUAUGAUCCAAAGAAAAACAGCACCAGAAUUUUUAAAUUUGAAGAAAGUAUGUACAAGGAGUUUGAAGGCUUUGGCGGUGGAGGUUGUAAGUUCGAUAUUCCUGACGAGAUGUGCUUAUUUGCAUAUGGAGAACCAAAUCUCACAGGACUUACAUAUGCUUGGAGGUUUGCACGAUGUUACCCGAAUCACAUUGAAAAUCUCAUCUCUCUGAAGAACAUCACUUACUCAAAAUUGGCCUGA